UGUCGAUCAUUGCGUCAUUUGACCAACGACGCCACCAAGAAACCAUGCACAUCCGAUCACUGGUCAUCUUGCUGUGGACAACCGUUGCGGUCGCGUCUAGUGGCGACAAUGACAAAUGCGGGCACGAUCACUUGAUUGAUCGGUUUAUGAACUCGAUGGACCCUGCUUCAAUGCAGAACCAUCAGAUCUUGGCCGACGUGACCCCACACGACGACGGUCAUAACGCCCGUCGAUCGUUGAGCGCGGCAACAUACCAACCACUUCGUAUCGCGUUUGACCUCUCCAAGCUACACACGGAUCAUGGGUUUGCGUGCACUCGUGUGGGGGACAUUGUGUCACUCGACGGGAAAAACUACAAUUGCACGGCCAACGAUAUCCUCACCGAUGACAAAUUGGAUUUUAUCACGGGCAUGUUGCUGCCCCAAGCACAAGACUACUUUGGCUCGAUCUUGUCGGUGCCCCCUGUUCAGACGCUGAAGGUGGACGGUUUAAAAUGCGGCAACCCCACGGACUGGGCGUGUUGUACUGGCAACUUUCCCGCUCAGUUUUCAACGCCCGGCACGCCCAACGCCGACUUUUUGCUGCACGUGACGUCGCGACCGGUCGCUGCGGGCAUUGUAGCGUGGGCGAUCCCUUGCAACACCGAUCAAUAUGGCCGCCCCGUGUCUGCGCAAGUGAACUUUGGCCCCCAAAAGCUUAGCGCCGACCCCGCCAAACGUAUGGCGCAGCUUGGCACGAUUUUGCAUGAACUGUCGCACGCGCUGGGGUUCUCUGCCAUGCUGUUUGGGUCGUACAAACCACGAAAUACAGGGGAGGGACCCCCCGUGCAGCAAACUAACGGCCCCAACGGAACGAAAAUCACCCACCUCGUCACCCCCAAAGUCAAACAGUUGGCCCAAGAGUACUUUGGCUGCUCCACGGUGCCGGGAGGGGAGCUCCAGAGCGACAACGCCCUAUCGUAUUCCAGCCAUUGGGCCAAGCGCCUGUAUCUGAACGAGUAUAUGAUGGCCACGACCAGCGCCAACCCCAUCUAUUCCGCGUUCACCCUUGCCGCCUUUGAAGACAGCGGGUGGUACCAAGUCAACUAUACCCGAGCGCAGCCGCUGCGAUACGGCCAUUUGGCGGGGUGUGCGUUGGCCACGGGCCGAUGUACCGAGUGGAAGGCCCCGCUGUGCUACAGAUCGUCGGAUCAAGAUUGUACCCCCGAUUACACGAGCAAAGGCGUGUGCAACUUGGGCCAGUUUGCAUCACCGAUCCCAGCUGCGUUUCAGUACUUUAACAGCCCCACGAUUGGUGGCACCGAUGACAAGGCCAACUAUUGCCCUCGGUACGUUCCCCUCAGUGGGUCGGACUGCCGCGGGUUUGGCGCCACCCCAUCGGCUCGCGGAUCUCUUUUGGAGAAGAUUGGGCUCACGAGUUUAUGUUUCCGGGGCGCCCUCUCCAAGCCUUCAUCCUCACCGCCGCCAGCGUCGACGUUGUCGUCGUACUGCUUUGCCGUCCAAGGGUGCACACCCACAGCGCUACAAGUCGCCGUGGGCACUUCGGUCGUGUCUUGUCCGUUCAAUCAAUCGUCGAUUCAAGUUGCGGUGGAGGACGAGACGGGAGCCAACUACACUGGCACCAUCACGUGCCCACGCAACCCCCGAGACUUGUGCAGUGUCAAUGUUUGCUCCAAUAUGGGUGUGUGGACGUCAGCAGGAUGUGUGUGCACCGCUGGGUACACGGGCGUCGACUGUUCAGCAUUGGAAUGUCCUCGCAACGACGUGACAAGCCAAGUGUGUUCAAAUCAAGGCACGUGUGUGGGGGGGGCGUGUCAGUGCGAUGAAGACGAGGCAACUGGGGUGGCAUGCUCUCGCCCGCCUCUCAAAAAGUCGAUGGUCGUAGCGUUGAUGGACCUACAGCAUCGUGUCCUGCUCCUCUGUUGUUUUUGUGCUGUGGCUGGGGGUGUUGUGGCGAUGUACAGAAGUCGGAGGGCCCGGCGCGCGUCUACUUUUCCCAAGCAAACCAAAAUGCUCUACUUGCAGGGCGGUCAAGACAAGGGGUCGUACGGCACAACCCAAGAUACGUUUGUCCUGUCCAUCAACAAUGAAGUGUAAAGCCGCAUGUAAUGACCACCACG